AUGAUGAUGGCCUUAAGGGGAAUCUCUGCUUUCCUGAUUUUAGUCCUCACAACUUUUCUGCCUCCGCCACAUUGUGCCCAAGACCCAGCCAUGGUGCACUACAUCUACCAGCGCUUUCAAGUCCUGGAGCAAGCACUGGAAAAGUGUACCCGAGCAACAAGGGCAUACAUUCAAGAAUUCCAAGACUUCUCAAAAAACAUAUCCACUAUGAUGGGAAGAUGUUUGACCUACACAAGUGAGUAUAAGAACGCAGUCGAUACCCUAGCAACAAGAGUUGAACGUGCCCAGCGGGAGAUUGACUACCUGGAGUACCUCCGAGAAUCUGACAUGUGCAUAGAGUCGGAGGACAUGACCCUGGCUGAAAAGCUGGUCCAAGAAGCUGAAGAAGCCAAGAAGAUUCGGAGUCUGCUGAAUGCAAGUUGUGACAACAUGUUGAUGGGCAUAAAAUCUCUGAAAAUAGUGAAGAAGACUCUAGAUAUAGAUGGUUCUUGGAUGAAAGAUGCUGUCAGUGACUCUCCAAAAGUUUACCUCUUAAUGGGAUCCAAAAACAACACUGUUUGGGAAUUUGCAAACAUACGAGCAUUUAUGGAGGAUAGCAUCAAACCUGCCCCUCGCAAACUAAUCCUAACACUUUCCUGGCAGGGAACAGGUCAAGUGAUCUACAAAGGUUUCCUGUUUUUCCACAACCAAGGGACUCCCAAUGAGAUAAUCAAGUAUAAUCUACAGAAGAGGACUGUGGAAAGUCGAAUGCGGCUCCCAGGAGGGGCAGGCAGAUCACUGGCCUACCAGCACUCCCCUUCGACUUACAUUGACUUGGCUGUGGAUGAGCAUGGGCUCUGGGCCAUCCACGCAGGGCCAGGUAUCCAUGGCCAUUUGGUCCUCACAAAAAUUGAGCCUGGUUCACUGGUAAUUGAGCAUUCCUGGGACACUCCCUGCAGAAGUCAGGAAGCUGAAGCUUCAUUCCUCUUGUGUGGGGUUCUCUACGUGGUCUACAGUUCUAGUGGCCAUGGGCCCCAUCGCAUCACCUGUGUCUAUGAUCCACUGGGCACUGUCAGUGAGGAGCAUCUGCCCAACUUGUUCUUCCCCAGGAGGCAGAGAAGUCACUCCAUGAUCCAUUACAACCCUAGAGAUAGGCAGCUUUACGCCUGGAAUGAUGGCAACCAGAUCAUUUAUAAAAUCCAGACAAAGAGAAAAGUGGAUGUGGAGUGA